AUGGGUAUACAAUUCCUCACCUACAUUCUAGCAUGUCUCAUUUUAACCCCCUAUGUGUUAGCCUUUCGUAACGGCGGGAGGAUUAUCAAAAUGCACAAUUCGACGAAAGUUAAUGUAAAGCAAUUGGGAUGGGUGGGAGAUACGAAAGGUAGAAGAAGAGAGGUAGGGACAUCAGGGGGGAAGUUAUUUUAUUCGUUGAACAAAACCACAAGGACGAAUAUCAAAAUUAGGCACAGCCAUGUUCAUCUGUCUUUAAAAGAAAAAAUCAAUUUUAUUUUUCACGGCGAAAGUGACGUUACAUUGUUGGAUAAACUGAUAGCUUCCACAAGUUACGUUCUCCCCUUCAUGGAUGCUAUUCAGGCUUUCGUCAUGCCACUCGUAAAUAUGCUCCCGCCUUCGCUACACAAUCAAGCUGGUACUAACGCUGGCACUAACUCCGGCACUAACGCCGGCACUAACGUCGACACUAACGCCGACACUAACUCCUGCACUAACGCCGACACCCAUCCCCCCCCAGGUACCUCUUCCAAAUCGAAAAACUAA